AAAACUUAACAAUUCAUAUCAAACUAUACACCUACCAAGUAAUUGAAUGUAAUCACGUUUCUAUUAGCUAAGAUAAAUACCAAGAUGAAAGAGCUUCUACUUCUGACACUGUUCUCUCUCCUUCUGCUGGCUACUAGAGGGGACCGUUUUAAUGCCCUGAAAUUUGGUCCAACACAAAACGAUUACAUCGUUUAUCAGCCUGAAAUGCAGCCAUUUGAGACCGGGUUUACAGUUUGUUCGUGGAUAAGAAAACUGGGAAGUGCACGUGCACCUACCUGGUUCUCAUACGCUGUGAGUGGAGUACCCAACGAGAUACAGAUAACAGAUAUGGGUUCUCGCACCGCCAUAUUCGGGGACCAAGCUGAGCUAAAAAACCUAUAUACCGUAACCCCCGGCACGUGGUUCCAUAACUGUCUAGGUUGGGACGCAACCAGCCAAACAAGGACCGUAUACAUUAAUGGUGCACUAGUUGACAGCAAGGCAACACCUGCAGGGAGAACUCUGAAACUAGGAGGGUACCUCGUGCUGGGUAACGAGCAAGCAGGGCCGGGUACAGGAAUGGAUAAUGUUAAUAUCUUGAACGGCGAAAUUUUUAAGCUCAAUAUGUUCAGUAAGAAGUUGAGUGACGAAGAGAUCAAGGAGAUGGCAAGUGACAUGUGCUCUGUAGUUGAGGAACUCUACGGUGAGGUUAGAGCCAUUAAGUGGGACGACGUUCUCCUAAAAACAAGGACUGGAACUGUAACGGAGAUUGAAAGUGGGUGUAGUAGUGCAGGCGCCAUCAGCGGGCUGCUAGAUUCCUUGGAAACGAUGCAGGGAAAACUUCAACAGACAGAAGAGAAGCUUAACGACACACUUGCUGACCUGGAGAACAAAGAGCAACAACUUAACGAAACAACGAGGGAGCUUGAUCAGACAAAGGAAGAAAAAGAAACUUUCCGAGCCGAUUUGGAGAACAAAACCCAGCAACUGAACGUCUCGGAGACUCAACAACAGAUGAAAAUAGAAGAACUGGACACGGUGGCUGAGGAAUUAAACACUACGACCAAGGAAUUGGAAACUACGACAAAAGAACUGAACAGCACCACCAGAACUCUCAACAAAACUCAAGUACAGCUCGAACAUGUCAAAGGUCUGCUGGGAGAGUCUGCCAACGCUACCAUGAAUUGUCUCCUGAAUACCACCAUAACUAAUCACUGGGAUAUGCUAGAGUCGGAAACGUUCUUUGAAGCAGUGAUUACCGGCAAAAAACUAGAAGUUCUGCGCAAGAGCAUGCAAAACCUUGAAUUUUCCGAAGGGAUCAGAAUGACGGAGGUAAUGAUACGCUUCCUCGAUCAGAUCAACGACGGUGAAGACCGGUGUGCGAACUAUUCAAACUAACACUGGAAACACUUCGCAGGAUGCGAUAAGAGGGCCGAACAAACGAGACACAGAUAGACGAAAAGUACGAUCAGCUCAUAGAUAACGAUUGAGGAACUAUAUGAACCUAAUUUACUUCGAACAUGAA